AUGGGAAAUUGGGCCGAACUCCCAGAAGACCUACUCGUUCUAACUGCUAAAAAAAUAACUCUCUUCAAAGAUUUUCUCUCUUUUAGUGGAGUUUGUAGAUCAUGGCGUUCUGUUGCAAUCAACGACAAUUUCAAGGGAUCUGAACAAAUCCCAUGGCUUAUGCUCUCUGACAGAGACAAACCAGACGAGCGGCAGUUUGUUAGCUUGAGAAAAGGGAGUGUAAUUCGCACAGUCAAUCUACCAGAGGCAAGGGGAAAACGAUGCUUAGAGACUUUGGGUUGGUUAGUUACACUUGCUGAAGAUGGUGAGAUGAAUCUACUCCAUCCCUUCACUCGAGUUCAAAUAAAACUUCCCCAUGUCACUACCUUCAAAGACUACCACACGAAAAGCUUUUUCAAAAAUACGAGUUUCAUACGAAAGGCCGUCUUGUCUUCACGCCCGGAGGAGAGCAAAGAUUAUGUACUCAUGGUUAUACAUGGAAACUGCGGAUAUCUUGGUUUUUGGAGACUUGGAGAUACGUCCUGGACCAAGGUCGAAGUUGGCAUAGUUUCCUUUCUUGAUAUCAUUUUUCAUGAUGGACUAUUUUAUGGGGUCAUGUGUGACUUUGUUUUUGCUUUUGACGUUUGGGGGCCUGACCCGACUCGGCCAUGGAUUGUUCUGCAUGUACCUGACAGACGCAAAAUUGGGUCGAACGAGCAAUCGUUUCUAGUGGAAUCUGCCGGGGUGUUGCUACUGGGGAUGCGAGAUUAUCGGAAUAGCAGAUUUCAAGUAUAUAUUCCAGGCUGCUCUAAGAGAAAAAGGGAAAUGGGUGGAGAUAACGAGCUUAGGCAACAAUGCUCUAUUCUUGGUCAAUCUUAUGAUAUUCCAUGGCACAUUGUGUUUAUUACUGCUCUAUGGCAAAUUUGGAAGGACAGAAACAAAAAGAGUUUUGAUAACAUUGAGAUACCAAUCUGCAUUAGCGCCAGGAAUAUCAUGGUUUAUUCUCGGGAAAUUGUGGAAGCAUUCAAGUCCCCCCUCAUUAUGGGCUCUCAGCAAGCAUGUCUAAUAUCUUGGGUGAAUCCAAUUGCAAGUAACAUCAAACUCAACACGGACGGCUGCUGGUACGAAAUGAAUGGACGAGGAGGCUUUGGUGGAUUGUUCAGAGAUCACAAAGGCGACUGGAUUAUGGGAUUUUACGGAAGAAGGAACUUUUCAUCAAGCCUGGAAGCCGAGAUUUGGAGCAUCUACAAAGGACUAAAGAUCAUUCUGGAAAGGAAACUCAAGAACGUGGCAAUUGAAUCUGAUUCUCUCACGGCCGUCAAUCUGAUUAAGGAAGGGAACCCAAGCAAUCACCCGCAAAGUGUGCUCAUCAACGAAGCCCACUUCAUCAUGGCCAAGACCAACACGCCAAUCGAGCACACUUAUCGAUCAGCAAAUCAAUGUGCAGACCAUCUCGCAAGAAUGGGGGUCGAACAGACAGACGAACUCGUUUUAGUUAUGGACAUGCCCAUCUCCAUGAGAGAAUUUUUUCUUAGAGAUAGCCUGAAUAUCAGGCAGCAACAGCAGAAUAAGAACAUGGGAAAUUGGGCAGAACUCCCAGAAGACAUACUUGUUCUAAUUGCUAAACGAAUAACUCUCUUCGAAGAUUUCCUGUUUUUCAGUGGAGUUUGCAGAUCAUGGCAUUCUGUUGCAGUCAACGACAAUUUCAAGGGAUCUGAACAAAUCCCGUGGCUUAUGCUAUCCAACGAAGACAAACCCGACGAGCGUCGGUUUGUUAGCGUGAGAAAAGACAGUAUUAUUCGCACAGUCAAUUUACCAGAAGCUAGGGGAAAACGAUGUCUAGAGACAUUAGGAUGGCUGUUGACUACAUCCGAAGAUGGUGACAUCAAUCUACUCCAUCCUUUCACUAGAGUUCAAAUUAAUCUUCCCCAUAUCUCUACCUCCGAAUACUACCACCCGAGAAGGAAUAAGCAUCUGAGAUUCAUAAAUAAGGCCGUCUUGUCUUCACGUCCAGAGGAGGGCAAAGAUUAUGUACUCAUGGCUAUAUAUGCAGGCGGCGACACUGGCCGUGGAUUUCUUGCUUUUUGGAGAUCCCGAGAUAAGUCCUGGAUCACAGUCAACAUUAUUUGGUUCUGUGAUAUCAACUUUUAUAAUGGACUAUGUUAUGGGGUCGUAGGUACGAAGAUUCUUGCUUUUGACGUUUUGGGGCCUAACCCAAAUGUGGCAUUGGUUGUUGGAUAUGGACCUAGUCAUGAAUGCUUUGAAGAGCUCCAGAAACCGUAUGUAGUAGAAUCGGCUGGGGUAGUACUGAUAGUUAAUCGAAUCAUUCGACAAGUAUCCCCGUCCACUUUUUCCAAAGACGACCCCUAUAUUUUCGAGACGUGUGGGUUUACACUGUUCGAGGUUGAUUCAAGCGAAAAAGGGAAAUGGGUGGAAAAAACGAGCUUAGGCAACAGUGCCCUGUUCUUGGGUGGCAAUGCGUCCGUCUCUGUUGACGCCUCUAGAUUUCAAGGGAUCAAAGCUAACUGUAUCUAUUACACUGAUAGUUUCAAGCGAGGAGGAAAUUACAUGGGUAUUUACAACAUGGAAGAUGAAAGCCUGAGUCCUUGCUAUGAAGGGGAGCCUUGUAGUCUUAUUUGUCCACCGAUGUGGGUCAAUCCGUCACCCCACUGA